GAGCAGAGCACUUUACAGAGCUAGCACUCUUGUAAGGGAGCUGUAAAAGAGCAACGUCCGAAGCCAGUUCCCGAAGUUUCGGAUACGUUUUGGGACGUGGUCAACAUUUUGGUUAGGUUUUCAACAUUUUGAUUAGGUGUUCACAAGCCAUUGUAAGUCUAGAUACAAUGGAGAGCUGCCAAAGACUGAAUAUCAUAAUUGGAGAAAUGGAAGAGUAGUAGUGCGACUGCAAUUCGGGCAAUUCGCACCAAAAUGGCGGCCCACCGGAUCAUCAGAGUGACCAACAGUAACCAUGUUCUCCCUCGCUGCAAAUCGGAGGGCACGCUCAUUGAUCUCAACGAAGGGCUCUCUGAGGCUAGCCUCACAGAUGUCAAAGUGCCUUCUUCCAGUGCCUUACGGCUGGACAAUUCAGCUUCCUUUGUAACUGCUCAUGAAGUAGUCGCCAUCAAGGACUACUGCCCAUCUAGCUUUACCACUUUAAAGUUUUCCAAAGGUGACCGGCUUUAUGUGAUGGACACGUCGGGUGGAGAGUGGUGGUAUGCCCACAACAACACAGAGAUGGGCUACAUCCCCUCAGCAUACGUCCAGCCCAUCAACUGUAGGAACUCAUCACUCAGUGAUAGUGGCAUGAUAGACAAUCUAGGGGAGUGUACAGAGGAAGGGGCUAAGGAAUUGGAUCUCCUAGGGGAGUGGACAGAGGUGUCCGUUAAGACCACUCCUUAUUCGCCUUAUUUUAACAGCAAUCCCUUCUCCCUCCAUACCUCCUCCACCAACCCCUUCAUCAACAGUGGUCAUCUACAUGGUUCUCUGGACCAGAACUGUAAUGAGAGGGGAAGGUCCACGGACCUGUUAGUCUUUGACUCCCUGGCCUCCCCAGUCUCCCCUUCGGGACCUAACUCUACCUCCAGGACCACCAUGAUCAAUGGCUUCAGUAGCUGCAACAUAUUUGACAUGAUGUCAGCCACCAGCCCCAACCAGGACUUACAGGUUUUACAGACACUGCGAAGGGAUAACCCAUUCUUCAGGAGCAAGCGAUCGUACAGUUUAUCGGAGUUGUCCAUCCUACAGACACAAUCCAACCCCCCCUUGCCUUCUUCCGGGUUCUUCGCCUGCCUCAAGGCUCCCUCGCCAGAGCAGUUUCAGAGCAGGGAGGACUUCAGGACUGCGUGGCUAAACCAUCGGAAGCUGGCCAGAUCUUGCCAUGAUCUGGACUCUCUGGGGCAGAGCCCUGGUUGGGGACAGACUCAGCCGGUGGAGACCAACAUUGUCUGUAAACUAGACAGUCGUGGAGGGGCCGUUCAGCUCCCAGAAACCCAGAUCAGCGUCCAUGUCCCUGAAGGACACGUGGAUCCUGGAGACACCCAGCAGAUCUCAAUGAAGGCCCUUCUGGACCCUCCACUGGAGCUGAACAAUGACCACUGCUCCACAGUCAGCCCAGUGGUGGAAAUCAAAGUGUCCAACAUGGAGACCAAGUCCUUCAUCACUCUGGAGAUGACCGUGUCCGUGACGGUGAAGAAAGACAGUGGUCAGGUAGCUGAGGUGCUCUGCGUCCGGAGUGACUGCAAGGAGGGACCCUAUAUAAUCAUCCCACAUGCUUACCUAUACAAGGACACAGUACAAGUCCAGUUGGAUAACUUGGAGCCGUGUAUGUACGUGGUGGUAGUGGUGCAGGCCCAGCACCUCAACCUUAAUACAACUGUAUGGGACAAUGUGUUGAAGAAAGUCACCCUGGGUGUCUAUGGGCCCAAGCACAUCCAUCCUUCAUUUAAGACAGUCGUGGCCCUAUUUGGGCAUGACUGUGCCCCUAAUACCCUACUGGUGAGUGAGGUGGGGAAGCAGGCCCACUCCUCCCCUCCAGUGGCGCUCACGCUGUGGGGGAAGCAUCAGUUUGUCCUGGGUAGGCCCCAGGACCUUCAGGUUGGCCUAUACUCCAACAUGUCUAACUAUAUGAUUAAGGCUAAUGAGCAAACCAGGAUGAUUCGGGCCUUCCAGGUCAAACUGGGGAAGGUAAGCCGACUCAUUUACAUGAUCACAUCCAACAACCCUGAGGACAUAUCAGACUUCACCUUGCAGGUCCAGGUCAAAGACAGCCUGGAUUGUAUCCUGGCUCAGUUCUGCGUCCAAACACCGCAACCGCCUCCGAAGAGUGGAGCGCAGAACACUGGCCACAGGCGGUUCCUGAAGAAGAAAGAGGUGGUGGGUAAGAUUCUUCUGUCACCUCUGGCCAUCACUGCCAAAUAUCCACAGUUUCAGGAGCGCUGCAUCACCAACCUGAAGUUUGGCAAGUUGCUCAAAUCUGUGAUCAGGCAAAACAAGAGCACAUACCUGUUGGAAUACAAGAAGGGAGAUGUGAUCGCCUUGCUGAGCGAGGAGAAAAUCAAACUACGAGGACAACUGUGGACCAAAGAGUGGUAUAUUGGAUAUUAUCAGGGAAAGACCGGUCUUGUUCACGCGAAAAACGUUCUGGUUUUGGGGAAAGUCAAGCCUAUUUAUUUCUGUGGUCCGGACCUCACAACAACCAUGCUAGUGGAGCAGAUUUUGAAGCCUUGCAAAUUUCUCACAUACAUCUACGCCUCUGUGAGGACAGUACUCAUGGAAAAUAUAGGGAACUGGAAGACCUUUGCAGACGCACUGGGAUAUGGGAACUUACCUUUGUCUUGUUUCUGUCGGACUGAACUGGACAACGAGCCUGAGAAGGUUGCCUCGGUUCUGGAGAAGCUCAAGGAGGACUGCACUAACAUGGACAUCAAGGAGAGAAAGACCUUCCAGAAGGAACUCAUGACAGCCCUGUUGAAGAUGGAUUGCCAAGGUCUGGUGGCCAGGCUGAUCAUGGACUUUGUCCUGCUGACCACGGCCGUGGAGGUGGCCCCGCGCUGGAGGGAGCUGGCGGAGAAGCUGGCCCGGGUGAACAAGCAGCAGAUGGAGCAAUACGAUGCUCCGCACAGGGACAAGAACGGCCUGGUGGACAAUGAGUCAAUGUGGAAGCCAGCCUACGACUUCCUGCUGACCUGGGCGGCCCAAAUUGGGGACAGCUACCGGGACGUGAUCCAGGAGCUGCACCUGGGCCUGGACCGAAUGAAGAAUCCCAUAACCAAGCGCUGGAAGCACCUCACCGGAACGCUCAUUCUGGUCAACAGCCUAGAUACGUUACGCAGCUCUGCCUUCAGCCCUGUAGGACAGGGGGACUAUGCCAUUUGAUCUGUAUCCAUCUACAUCUGAAAUGGCAUCCUAUUCCCUACAUAGUAGUGCACUAGUUUUUGCAAGAACCUGGUCAAAAGUAGUGCGAUAUAUAGCGAAUAGUGUGCCAUUUAGGAUGCACACUGAGUCUCUGGAGCUUGGCACUAUGGAUCCAGCAGGACUACUACUGGUCUCCUCCAGCCCUCAGGAUGACCAAUCAGCAAUCACACCUUUACCAUCGCUGUUAUACCAGGAACUUUCAACUCUUGACCCUGCUCCCAUCCUCUUGCACAGGACUACAAUGGUUUGUAACCAGUAACCACCACUUCACACAGAGCACAUGUUACUGUAGGUCCAUUUCUCUGGCGGGUUAAACACUCUCAUUGGAAUUUACAGUAGAUUAUUAUUAAGCCACAAUAUUGAUGUGAUUUCAUAAUGGUUGAUGUUUCAAUCAAUUUCUAAAGGGUGGUUUUUAAUCUGUAUUGUCUUUUGCUACACAUUUUUUUUCUACAAAAUGUGGCAUAGCACUCAUUUUUAUGGCUUUUUUUCACUAAAUAUAUAUUUCAAAUGAAAAAUAUACAGAAACUUGAUUUAUGAAGUGCAUUAUACGCAAUCACUUCUGAUUUCUAUUUCUAUCCCCCUUAUGUGUUUCUGUGCUGAAAAUCUCUUUUUGACUGCUCUUUGUACUUUUUGCGUUCCAAAACAGUUAGGUGCUAGCCUAGAUCAGUUUAUUGUUCUACACAAAAGUAUCAUCAUUUCAGAAUAAACCCCCUUUGGUUAGUUUCCUCUAUGUUCACUUUAGGACAAAAUGCGUGCCACAAAAAUCUGAAGAAUAAUUACAUAAUGUAUCCAGCAAGGAUCUUUCCUCUUUGUUUUCUGAAAAUGUAAAUGCAGAAUUACCUCACGAUAUGGUCUCUUUAUUUCAUUUGUUUUAACCAGCAGUAACGGAAUGAACAAUUCUUUUGAGGAAUUCAAUUAGAUGUGAUGGUUUAAAUAGUUUGGUAUGUUUUGUGAAUGCAGAUGAAAUGUUAAAAGUAUUAUUUGCAUAGUUAAAUGGUCACACUGGUCUGUGACGGUACAGAUUGACAAGUUCUGCACUUCGAUGCCUCUAUUAGUUGUUGUCUUUACCUGUUGGUUCAUAUUAACUCAAUAAAAUGGCUGACAAUUCUAAAGUGCCUCUGUCAGGCAGUGUGCAGCUUUCAUGGUCGGAAUUUGUGUUCCGUGAUUCUACAUUCACAGACAUUAUUAAACAUAAUUUGUCUCAGUAUGGUCCUACACAAAGGAGCACAGUGAAAGAGUAGCCUAGGCUACAGUGUUUUCUGGGGAGGAGGUAUUGGACUCUUGGGCUAGUGGCCAGUUGGCUUGUUUGCUAAUUUAAAGCAUUCCUAAGCAUUUGCAUCAGGCUGAUUCAUGAGAUCAAUCUCAUACUGUAGAUAAAUAACACAAUUAAUUGUAGACUUGCAAAAGGAAUCCAUUUUUUUUUGUUGCAUUUCCAUAAAAAGAUGGACUUUUAAUGAGGUAACUGAUUAAUGAAUUAAGCUAAAACAAUUCUGGAAUUAAUGAAAACUCAAAGAUAUUAUAAUGAACAACAAAUCACAGUAAUAUAUGGAUGGAUUAAAUACUGUAUGCAACAGGAUCUCACAAACUAAUUUCCAGUCUUGACGUUCGUCCAACUUGCGCCAAGGUCUAAUUGCGAGGCUGCAGUCAAACGUCAAAUUAUGCCGUCAAAAAGUGAGAUUGGGUUGCAGACGCUCUUAUCCAGAGCAACUUACAGUUGGUGCAUUCAUCUUAAGAUAGCAAGGUGAGACGACCACAUAUCAGUCGUAGUAAGUUAAUUCUUCCUCAAUAAAGAAGUUAUGAGCAAAGACAGUGCUAGUAAGACCAGUG